ACUAUUUUCUGUUGUACUAUGUUUUUUUACGUUUUGCUUGCCGGUUACAAAUUGUGUGUGUGGUGGAUCGACUAGAGUAUCUACAAUGUCUACAAAAUAUGAUGAUUUAAAAGCUUUAACUAGAAAUAUUCAAGAUGUUGAAAAUCAGUUCUACCAAAUUCAACAAAAAUAUGAACAGCUGCGUCAGAAGGACCCCAAAAAGAUUACUAACGGCGAGAUUAUUUCGCUGUAUGCUCAUGUUGAACUUUUGGACCUUUUAAUUCAAGAAAAGAUCCGCUCCGGUAAUAUGAAUCUAGCAGACGUCAGGGAUGCUUUAAAUGUUAUGAAAGAAGAAAAGGAUUAUAAAAGCCUUUUAGCCCUUAAAACUCAAAGAGGAGUUUUAUUACUAGAUCUCCUAAAGUUUAUUAGUUUAACAAUUUUCUUUUUCGGGUUUAUUAUUCCCUACUUGAUAAUUCUCUGGCCUCUUCGCAUUUUGAAUCCGUUAUUCCGGCGGCUCGGCUUCAGUAAUAACUAUCUUCCUUCGGAUUGUGUAUCGAAAUUUUUUGCAGUGAGUAUGUUAUUCAUGCUGGGCGUAAAAGUACACGUAGUUGGCUUGGAAAACGUGAAUUCAAACAGAAGCUAUAUUUGCAUGUAUAACCAUACAAGUGGAUUGGACGCCUUCAUUACGCAAGUCGCUUCGUCUGUCUCUUUCAAAUGGAUCGGAAAACACGAACUGAAGUAUGUUCCGAUUUUUGGUUUACUUUUUUGGGCUUAUGGAAACAUUUUAGUAGAUCGGUUCAACAAGGAAGUAGCCAUAAAAUCCUUACAAAAUGCCGUUAGGAAGGUAAAGUUGCACCAGCGCUCGAUUGCUAUUAGCCCCGAAGGCACCAGAUCAGCAAAUGGGCUACUUCUCACUUUCAAAAAGGGACCGUUCCACACAACGCAGCAAGCUGGCUUGCCCGUUUUGCCGACUGUUAUUUACGGUGCUUAUGAGGUUUGGCCGCGAAAGAGGCUUGCUCCUGGUAACGGGGAGGUUGUGGUCAGAUUUCUGAAGCCGAUUGAAUAUGAUGAAAAUAGAACUACUAAUGAAUUGAGCGAAAUAGUUCGAGCCUCUUUUCUUUCUGAUAUGUUAGAGGAAAAUUUAGUUCCCCAAGCCCGGCCUCUUUCAAAAUUUCGUCUUCUAAUUCUAGUGCUCUCACACUUUCUUUCUUGUUAUGCAUCCUAUUACUUAUAUAUUGUUAAAUUUUCAGAGUAUUAUAAAGGUUUCAUGUAA